AUGCCCGCGCCGCCGGUAACAGUAGCGAAAGUCGGCAUGGGCGCUGAAGUACUUCUCGUCAAAGACGGCGACGUAGGCGCUGUACCAGCCCUAGUAGAUGCAGCUGUUGCUGAGGACACCCUGGAGGUCAUGAGCACCGAAGAGGCGCAGCUAGAUGAUGCUGGGGCAGCUAGAGCAGACGAAGUUGCCGGCACGGGAGAGGAAGCAGGACCAAACCCCGGAGUUGAUACCGAAAUCACAGUCGCAGAAGCAGACGCAGACGCAGGAUGUGCAGCAGCGCACGAGCAGACGGCUAGAGCAGAGGAAGAAACCUGGAUGGCUGACUGUAUACCGCAGGAGCCGACGACGCAGUUUAGGGCUGAAGAUCGGAUGGCUUCGGACUGA